AUGGAUGUCCAAUAUCAGAGAAAUAGCUUUGAGGAAGCCAUGGCUGCUCAUGAAGCUGGGUUCAUAAAUGACCUGCAGAAAGUGCGAAAAUGGAGGUCUGCGUUAUUUGAAGCUGCUAGCUUGUCACCAGCAUGGCUUUUCGAAGAUGGGUAUGAAUUUGGGUUUAUUGAAAGGAUUGUUGGAGAUGUGUAUGCUAGGCUUCCUCCUAAACCACACCAUAAUGUAGAACACAUGGUUGGACUUGAGCCUCGGAUAGAUGAAGUGAUCUCACUUUUAAAUAAAUCUGACAAUGGUGUCUGCAUGUUGGGAAUUCAUGGAACUGGUGGAAUUGGCAAAACAACCCUUGCAAAAGCUGUCUACAAUUCAAUAUUCUACCAAUUUGAAGGUGUAUGUUUCUUGUUUGAUGUCAAUGAGGCAUCAAAAAAAUUCCAGGGCAUUGUUCAUCUUCAACAAAAGCUUAUGUCUGAUAUUCUUGAGGAAAAGAUCCUGAGAUUUUGUAGUGCUGAUGAAGGAAUAUCUAAAAUAAAACACAGACUCUCUCAUAAAAGAGUUUUGUUGGUUCUUGAUGAUGUGGAUGAGAUUGAACAGUUAGAACGACUUGCAGGGGGGUGUGAUUGGUUUGGUUGUGGAAGCAAGGUCAUUAUAACAACAAGAAAUAAGCAAUUGCUCAUUGCUCAUAAUGUUAAAAGAACAUAUGAAUUGAUGCAGCUAAAUGAUCAUGACUCUCUUGAACUCUUUUGUUGGCAUGCCUUUCACAUGAGCCUACCUCCAAAAGGCUACCAACAGAUGUCUAGUCAUGUGAUAAGUUAUGCAAAGGGCCUUCCUCUGGCUUUAAAAUUAAUUGGUGCCAAUUUAGCAGAUAAAAACUUAGAGGAAUGGAGGUCUACAUUGGAAAAAUAUGAUCGUAUCCCAGAAAGAACAAUACAUGAAGUACUAAAGAUAAGCUAUGACUGCUUACAAGAUGGAGCUAAGACUGUAUUCUUGGAUAUUGCUUGUUUCAUUAGAGAGGAGAUAUUAGGUUCUCUUGAUGAAAUAGUAGACUCUUCUGAUUAUGGUGUAAGGUUUUAUAUUGAAGUGCUUAUUGAUAGAUCUCUUAUAGCUGUUACUGAUACUGGUAGUUUACACAUGCACGAUCUGAUAAAACAAAUGGGUAGAGAGAUUGUUAGGAAGGAGGCACCAUCAAAUCCAGGCAAACGUAGUCGAUUAUGGAAUUAUAAAGAUGUUCUUAAAGUAUUGCAUGAAAAUUCAGGAACUAGUAAUAUCGAAGGAAUAAUGUUUGAUCGGCCUCAACAACAAGAAGUGGAGUGGAGUGGUAUAGCAUUUGAGAAAAUGAAUAAUCUUAGAAUCCUUAUUGUCCGAAAGGCCCAAUUUUCAACUGGUCCUAAAUAUCUUCCCAAUAGUUUGAGAUGGCUUGAAUGGGAGGGAUAUCCUUCUACAAAAUUGCCGCCAAAAUUUUCCCCAAGCAAACUAGCUGUCUUCAAGUUAUUCUGCUCUCCUUUCAAGUUGGAAGAGCCAUUCAUGAGAUUUGAAUAUUUGACAUGCAUGAAUUGCUCAAAUUGUGAAUUCAUAACUGAAGUACCCGAUAUGUCUCAAUGUCAAAGUUUAAGGAGAUUGCUGUUUGAAGAUUGUUACAAUUUGAUCAAAAUUCAUGAUUCAGUGGGAUCUCUCUCGAAGCUGGUUGAAUUAAAUGUUAGUGGAUGCGUUAAACUUACAAGCUUUCCGCAUGAAAUCGAGAUGCCAUCUCUUCAAGCGAUUGAUUUGAGUUUUUGCGAGAGUCUUGACUACUUCCCACAUAUAGUUGGAAACAUGGAUGCAUUAACGCAUGUUUGGAUUGAAGAAACAUCUAUUAAGGAGCUCCCACCUUCCAUUGGAAAUCUUGCCCGGCUUGAAUCUUUGAACUUAAGCUCUUGCAAAAGUCUUAGGGAGCUUCCAAACAGCUUAUUCACGUUUCAAAAUCUUGACUGGCUUGGUUUGGAAGGCAUUCAUCCUGAUGGCAGAAAGUCUUUAAGGAAAUUAUUGCAAGAGAGCCAACCAGCUAGUAGCUGCACAAACAUUUAA